UAAUUGUUAUGCUAACCUUGUACUCCAUCGAAUUUUCAGAAUCCCCCCGGCCAUAACCAAAAUUAUUAGCACCGGUAGCUAUAAAAUCACCAAAUUUAGCCUUAAAUUCUCUCUUGACGCUUCUCCUUCUUCUAUCCCUUAAAGGGUCACUUCAAAUCGGAUCAAAUCUAGGCAAAAUUUUCUCCUUUUUCCUCUUCUGGGUCGUUCUUGUUUUGUCGAUUGAGGCGGACAUAGUGAAUUAGUUCAUCAUGAGGAAGAGAGAGAGGGAAAACCCAUGUGGUAUUUGUGGGCAUUAUCACAAGUACGAAGAAGGGGAGCCUUGUGGGGUUUGUGGUCAUCGAAUGCCUACUGUUUCUGAUAUGGGUUUUCCAAUUCAAAUCAGUGCUUUUCCUUCUGAGAUCUUGCCGGAGUUUCUUUUUUUGGGAAGCUAUGAUAAUGCUUCUAGAGCUGAGCUUCUUAAGAGUCAAGGGAUUUCUCGUGUUCUCAAUACUGUACCUGCUUGCCAAAAUCUAUAUAAAAACUCUUUUACUUAUCACUGCCUUGAGGAUGAGCAAGAUUUGCAAUUUGACGAUGCUAUCCAAUUCUUAGAACAAUGUGAAAAGGAUAGGGCUCGUGUUCUUGUACAUUGCAUGUCAGGGAAAAGCAGGUCACCUGCCAUUGUAAUUGCUUACCUGAUGAAAAGUAGAGGCUGGAAACUUGCUCAGAGCUAUCAGUGGGUGAAAGAUCGGAGGUCUUAUGUCGACCUUAAUCAAGGGGUUUACCAUCAACUACAAGAGUAUGAACAGAAGAUCUUCGGGUCACUGGAGAACCAGGCUGCAUUUGGCAUGCCAGUCUUCUCUUCUCCUGUGCUGCCAUCCGUGAGCUUUAACUACCCAAAGCCUAGUGAUUCCGUUCAAAUUCCAGCCUUCAACUUUUCUGGUGCUGCAUCAAUUUUCGCUCGUCCUGAUAUUGGCGUUCCUCCCCAGGAAUUCACCUUUGGAGCUGCUGCUCAUGCCUCAGAUAUCCAUUUAAAAUUCAAACCAAAAUCCAAAUAGUAAUAUGGAUUAAACCAGUAAUACUAUCUGCCAUUGUGGAAUCCUCAACUUGAAUGAUGUUUAGAAAGCUACACAAAUCACUUGACUGAGUUCUUCAUGAUUAUACUGACUUGUUUUAAAGUAUGAAAUGUCAGUACCGUUAAUGUAACUACAAAAUUUUAUGGAGUUGAUGAAAAAAGCGAAAAAAAUUCAUGUGAUCUUAGAAAAUAUUGAGAAUCUCAUCAAUGGAACAAUUACAAAGAGGGCAAGAGCCUCUCUUCAACCACAAUUCUUUUGAACAAACCCUACAAUAUGUAUGUCCACAGGGGAUAAACGCUGCGCCUUUAUUUCUCUCCAUGCACACGCAGCACAUUUCAUCAAUUCCUCCUCUUCCUUCUUCUUUAAUGUACCAUUUCAGACUCUUCUUCUUCUUCUCAUCUCUGCCGUCCGUUUCCUCAAACAAUCUCAUCAACGUCUUCAAUUCCGCCGUGGCAUUCACGCUCCGGUACUGACGUUCCGCUGCCAACGCUGUAGCGAGGUUCACGUUCCCUUGAUGAUCCCCGAUUAUGGGCUCUUCUUCACCGAAUAAUUGGGCUUCAAAUUGUUGGGCCUCUUCUUCUUCUUCUCCUCUCAUCGUCACGUCUGAUACUCUCAGGUUCCAAGAGGAUCCACAGCAAACCAGUCCGGUGAAUCCUAACCGUUGCUUCAAGUUUCUCCACAUCGUCCUCGGCCUAUCUUCUCCGUCCAUUUUUCUAACUUCCUACAAAUUCGUAAGGUAUUUCUCUCUGAUUAUUGCAC